AUGUCGGAAUCUCUCGUGCCCGAAACGAGGGUGCUGGCUGUGGCCAGUCAUGUGGUGUAUGGCCAUGUGGGAAACACCAUGGCCACUUUGGUCAUGCAGUCGAUGGGCUGUGAGGUCGCCGCAUUGAACACGGUGCAUUUCAGCAACCACACCGGAUACCGGCAGUUCAAGGGCACGCGCGCAACCGCCCCGGAGAUUACCGACCUUUACCAGGGUCUUUGCCAGAGUAACCUGACGGACUUUGAUGUGAUGCUUUCCGGAUAUGCCCCCAGUGCCGCUGCCGUGGAAGCUGUGGGCAACAUAGCCAUUGACCUGAAGCGGAAAGCCGAGAAAAAGCCUGGUUCAUUUUUCUGGGUAUUGGACCCUGUCAUGGGCGAUCAGGGUCGGCUCUACGUCAACGACGAUGUCGUCCCAGCUUACAAGGAGAUCAUUCAGCACGCAGACUUGAUCUUGCCAAAUCAAUUUGAAGCCGAAGUCCUCUCCGGAAUCAAAAUCACUUCCCUCGCCCUUCUGGCCGAGGCCAUGACUGCCAUCCACCGCAUCUACUCCGUCCCCCAUGUCAUCAUCACCUCCGUUCAGCUAUCUAAGCUGUCUCAAUCGGGCAACACCCCCAGCCCGCCCAAGAACUACCUUACUGUUAUUGGCUCCACCACGCAGUCUGACGGAUCUCCGCGUCUAUUCCGGAUCGACGUGCCGGCCCUCGACUGCUUCUUUAGCGGCACUGGCGACAUGUUCGCCGCGCUGAUGGUUGCCCGGCUCCGCGAAGCCGUCGUCGACGCGGGCAAGGAUCUUCAAAACACCCCUUCCUGGGUGUCGCCCGACAGUGUCCCGGCCAGUGAUUUACCUCUGGCACGAGCAACCGUCAAGGUGCUCGCUAGCAUGCACAGCGUCCUCGAGCGGACCAUGGAAGCCCGCAAUGCGGAAUUAGCGGCUGCCGUACCUGAGCAGAAUGGGGAUUUGAGCUCUGAAGAGCAGCAGAAACGUGACCAUCUGCGCCGAACCAAGGCUGCUGAAGUUCGACUGGUCCGGAACGCACGCUUCCUCCGGGAUCCCCACGUGAAAUUCGAGGUGCAACAGUGGAGCAAGGAAGAUCUUCCGCCACAAUUGCAAUAG